ACAAAUUUUCUCCUCCAUAGCAACGAGAGACUUGCAGCUUUCAUACUAUGUCGACUUCUCAAGCAAUUAAAAGCAAAAACGUUGGGUACACUCAUUUUGUAUCACUUCCAUUGACCUUGCCGGAUGAAAUGGUCACCAAGCUCAACAACUUUAAGAAUUCAGCUCUUCAAACUAAUAAAGGUUUGGGAAUUGACAAGUCCAUUUUUAUUAAGCCAAAUACAUUACACUUGACUGUGCAAAUGCUGAAGCUUUGGAAUACUGAUCGAAUUGAAGCUGCUGCUGACGUUUUGCGGAGGGUCUCACCAAAAGUAAUGGAUGCUUUGGAGCGACGACCUGUAUAUAUAAGACUGAAGGGAUUGGAAUGCAUGCCAGAUAGAGGUACUCCACCAAAAGCUUAUGUUGUACAUGCUCCUCUGGAAGUAAUUGGUGGUGGUAUAGACAGACUUAAACGUGCUUGUCGGGUGAUAAUAGAUGCGUUCAUUGAAGCUGGUCUUGUUCUUGAAAAGGAUGCAAACCGUGGGUUACUGUUGCAUGCCACACUAAUGAAUGCGGGAAAUAGUAAAAGCAGUAAAACAUCAGGAAAAACUGAGCCCUUUGAUGCACGAACAAUUUUUGCUCAAUAUGGCUCAGAAGAGUGGGGAGAGUGUUAUAUCCGUGAAGCUCAUCUUUCACAAAGGUUUGUCUACGAUGGCAAUGGUUAUUUCCAUUGCUGUGCUUCCAUCCCAUUUCCUGAAGAAAAGCAGGGUGCGUUUCCUAUGAUGAAAAACUCUUUUCAGAAAAUGUUUUCUACGGCAAAAUAAGUGAUUCUCUCACAUUUUCUGGUGUGUGUAAAUUGUAGUUCAUAUAUGCUAUUAUAAUAAAUUGUUUGAUGGGUCGAUGACAUUAUAUACAGUUUCUUAAUUAGUUAGUACUUAUUUGGACGCUAUCUACAGCUUUUCGGAUGGUUAUUACUUGUUACCCAUGUAUUCUGUUGUACUAGCUUAAAUACAACAUAAGUAUAUUGUAUUGCAUGAUUAAAUUUGUUAUGUAACAACUAAAAGACUCAUUUGAUGCAACAAGUAGUAUGAUGUUGUUCGAUUCAAUUGUUAUAUGUUACUCUUUUCCAUCA